UUUUUCAUCUCUUUCAAAAGUCAUCUUCCAGAGAUGAGCCUUUUGGUAUCAACAGCAACAAUUACUACCAUUAAAAAACCAAACCAUAUAUGCAGCAGCAGCAGCCCUAAAUUCACUGAUAAUGAAUCCAACAAUAGUAAUUCUCUCGCAGUUUCAUCAUGGACCGCUUCGAUAUCUCGAUACUGCAAAACCGGUCAUUUAAACCACGCUGCAGCCGAAUUUACCCGAAUGAGAGUUGCAGGUCUCCAGCCCAACCACAUUACUUUCGUAACGCUUCUUUCCGCCUGCGCUGAUCACCCAUUACAUGCUCUGUCCUAUGGAACUUCAUUACAUGCUCUUGUUUUUAAAUUCGGUUUUCAUACAGAUAAUGUUAAAAUAAGCACUGCUAUAAUUGACAUGUACUGUAAAUGUAAUAAUGUAAAUCUUGCUUAUUUAUGUUUUGAUAACAUGGGUUUUAAAAAUAAGGUUACUUGGAAUACUAUGGUUUCAGGGUUGAUGAGAAAUGGGCUGAUUGAUAAAGCAGUUAAGGUGUUUGAUGAAAUGCCUGAGAGAGAUGUUGUUUCGUAUACGGCUUUAAUUGAUGGGUUUGUUAAAAAAGGUUGUUAUGAGCAUGCAUUGGAGUGGUUUCAAGAAAUGCAGGUGUGUGGGGUUGUACCUGAUCAUGUUACGGUUGUUUCUGUGAUCUCUGCGUGUGCAAAUUUAGGUGCGAUUGGAUUCGGGUUAUGGCUUCAUCGAGUUGUAUUGGAAGGGGAUAUGAAGGAUAAUGUUCGGAUUAAUAAUUCGUUGAUAGAUAUGUAUUGUAGAUGUGGGUGCACUGAGUUUGCUCGUCAAGUGUUUGAUAUUAUGUGUAAACGUAAUUUAGUCUCGUGGAACUCGAUUAUUGUGGGGUUUGCUUUAAAUGGAAAACCUGAAGAGACUCUUGGGUAUUUUUAUCAAAUGCAAAAAGAUGGUUUCAAGCCAGAUGGAGUGACUUUCACUGGGGCUCUUACUGCGUGUAGCCAUGCUGGUUUGGUUGAUGAAGGUCUGAAAGUUUUUGACUCGAUGAUAAAAGAUUAUAGGAUAUCCCCUAGGAUUGAACAUUAUGGGUGUUUAGUAGAUCUUUAUAGUCGUGCACGUAAGUUAGAAGAAGCCCUGAAUGUAAUACAGAAAAUGCCGAUGAAACCUAAUGAAGUUGUAUUGGGAUCAGUUCUAGCAGCAUGCAGAGCGGCUGGUGAUGCAAGAUUAGCUGAGAAGUUGAUGCGAUUUAUUAGUGAGUUAGACCCUGGUGGUGAUUCAAAUUAUGUUCUUCUCUCGAAUAUAUAUGCUGCAGGAGGAGAUUUUCGUAAGGCAAGCAAUGUGAGGAGGAGAAUGAAAGAUAAGGGUAUCGAGAAGAAGCCAGGUGUGAGUUCUAUUGAAAUCAAUGGUAUUGUUGAUCAAUUCGUGGCUGGAGAUAAAUCUCAUGUGAAGUCAGAGCAGGUUCACACAAUGCUAAAAUGUCUGUCUCGUGAACUGAUGAUCUAUGGGUAUCUUCCUGAAGUUAAUUUGAGGGAACAAUAUGAAUGAACAAGAAGACUUAGCCAAUUGCUCUUUUGCAUAUAUGUAUGGAAUUGCAGAUUCCCAAAUUCUAAGAGAAGGUUGUGACUAACUUCAAGCUGCUUAACUUAACGUCGACAAGGUUCACCUGGAAGGCCAAUAACUGGCAUGGUCACAGACUUGUAUGCAAUUCUAGCUCAAGAUUCUUGUUACAAAAAACACAGCUCAACUUUUACUUAAACUGGCUAGCAUGUUGUAUUGUUAAUUCGGCUUGUAGUCCUAAGUUCUAACCUUAAGGGCUGUAUGGUAGAGUGGAUGGAAAGGAAGAACUAUGAGCCUUGCCGCAUCCUUCAUUUGAAAGGAUUGCCUGUAAAGGUUUUAUUCCCACAGGCUAUGCUUACUGGCCUAGAUCAAUGCACAAAACAAGUUGACUGGCUAAGCUAGUUGGUUUUCUUUUGUUGAGAUUUGUAAAUAUGUUUAGCUUCUAAUUGAUGUAUAUGUAUUCUGAAGUUAUGUACACUUAUGUAUUUUUGAUA